AUGGAAGACCCGGCGAGCCGGCGCAGCAUAAACCGGAAGAUUGCUCAGCUAACAAAAGUUAUAUUUCGUCUUAGCAGCGUACAAGAAGAUCACGACCUCCACUUAAAGGCCCUAACAGACGCCUACGAACAGGAGAUAGAAGAAAUACUCCUCAGCGCCAAUCAUAAAAUACAACAAUGCAAACAAGCAGCAGAACAGGCUGCUCUCAGCACCGUCACUGAGCGCGUCAGCAACAAUAACCACUCUGAGGUGACCGAGCUGAAGGAGAGUUUGCUGGCUGCUGCUGCUGCAGCACGAGCAGAAGCAGAAGAAGCAAAGGCGGAGUAUGACUUGGAGAUUGAGAAGCAGCAGCAGCAGUGCAGGCAGCAGUUGGAGCUGCUAGAAGAAGAAUGGCUGCAGUCGCGAGAAUCUAUAGACGGUGCAGCAGCAAAACUGCAGCAAGCUGCUGCUGCGCUGCACACCACUCGGGCGUCUCUGCAGCAGCAAACCAAAGAAAUUGAAAGACAGCUGCAAGAGGAAAGAAAUGAGAAGGAAAAACUUCGCGGGGAUUGUCUACUGCUGCAGCAGCAACUGAGGGAGGCAGCAGCAGCGCGGGAGGCAGCAGCAGCAGCAGCAGCUGCUGCUGCUGCUGCUGCAGACAAGUCAAGGGAGCAGCAGCGGAGCCAAGAGGCACAUGCAGUGUUAAUUGCAACAGAAAUAAAUAAACUGCAGCAACAGAGACAGCGCGAUGAAGAAGCACACAAGGAGACAGUCAGCAACCUUGAGAGACAGCUUAAGGAGAUGCGGGAGCGAGCUGAGGCUGCUGCGCGUCAAGCAGCAGCAGCAGGAGAAGAAGCAGCAGCAGCAGAGAGCAAUACAAAUCGGCUGCGGGGUUUCAGGAAGCGGGAGUGUCGGCGGCUACAGGGGAGCAACGAGGAGAUUGCAAAAACCCUUUCUCUUAAGGUUGAACUUGAAGCUGCAGCAGCGGCAGCAGCAGCAGCAGCAGCAACAGAACUCAGCAGCAAAGUUGCUGCUUAUGAAGCAGAGGCCAUGGGGAGAGAGCAGCAGCUGCAGCAACUCAACGACAAAUGCAAAACGCUAGAAGGGCUGCUGCAGGAGACCGCUAGAAACAAUGCAGAGAGACAAAAGGAGACAGAAGAAACAUUUAAAUCCCUUAUUGAUAAGCAGGCGCAGCAACUCUUCAACAUUCAAAUGCAAAGAGACCAGCUGCAGCAGGCAGAGAGCAACGCACAAGGAAGAGUGGAAGAAGUGCUGCUUUCGGCUCGGCGAGAGGCAGCCGAAAAGGAUGCGACUGCAGCAGAGGCCCUUCGCCAGGGUUUAGGGUUUAGCAUGGGCUGCAGGAAGCUGGCGGAUAGAGCAGCAGCAGAAGAGGGUUUAUUGUUGGAGGUGCAGCAGAAAGAAGAGGAAAUGAAAGAGAGAGAACAGCAGAUUCUCGCUCUCAGCGCCAGCGUAGAGGAGGCUCAGCAGAAUGCGCAACAAGCCAAAGAGGAGCAGCUGCUGCAGCAGACAGUGAGUGAAUUGAAAGCUGUUCUUGCUGCUGAAAAGGAAAUAAACAGGGAAGCAGCAGCAGAACUGCAGCGAGAGAUGGAGCGACAGAAGGAGACACUUGAGGCGGAGAAGCAGCAGGCCCUUGCUGCUGCUGCUGCUGCCGCUGCCGAAGCUGCAGCAGCAGAAAAAGCAGCAAUGCAGCAGCAGCAUGCAGUGGAUUUAAAAGAGAUGCAGCAGCAAAAGGAAGGGGAGGCAGAAGCUUUGAGGGCUAAGCUCGCCGCCAGCCACGCCGCGCAGUGCAGCUCCGAAUUAAAAAUGCACCAGCAGGCGGCAGCGGAGGCGGAGGCCCAAAGGAGAGAAGCUGCUGCUGCUUUUAAAGAGGAGACAGAAAGACUGCAACAACAACUAAAAGACAAAGAAGAAGAAAUGAAACAAAAAGAAAGAACAGCAAACCUCAUACUAAAACUCAGCGAGCAAACCCUCAAGCGGCAGCACGAGGAGACAGUGAAAGAGCUGCAAGAGGAGCAACAAGCAGAAAAGGAGCUACUGCAGCAACAACUUCUGUCUCUACAGCAAAUAAACAAGAAGCAGCAACAAACACUGGCGCAGCGCCCCUCCAGAGAAGAAGAUAUAAACACUAUCCAGCAGCUACAAACCGCACUCAGCCAAGCCAAACAGGCCAUCCUGGCCCAACGGGAAGAGCAAAUUCGUCGCUUGAGGGUGGAGCUCUUAACUCAGUGA